AUGUUCUCCACGUUAAUGCAACCUUCUGAUGCUCAUGUCGAUCCACCUGAAGAGCUGUUGUGCCCAAUUACGCUGUCGCUCUUUCAAGAUCCAGUUGUGUGCGAGGACGGUUUUACAUACGAACGACAGGCUAUUCACCGGUGGCUUCGAGAUGGUGGCAAGAGCCCUAUGACAAAUCUACCUCUUGGACAGCGAUUUCUCCCCAAUCAGAACAUGAAGAGCCGUGUGUUGGAAUGGAAAGAGAGGCAAGCAUCAUCUUUGGUAAUGCCAUUGUCAUUUCAUUUACACGACGCUCUCUAUGUGAUUAAAAGUCCUGAAUUGGACCAGCUACGUCCGAUGAUCCAUCGAUCUCUGCGGCACUUGAGUGAGCAGUUUCAGAUCGUCCGCGUCGAACGAAACGUCAACGAACGAUUAUGGGAAUCCUACGCAGCAAAGCGAAAGGCGAUGACAGAUCAAGGUAUUCAGAUUCACGAAGCUUAUGGGUUCCACGGGUGUACUUCAAUCGCUAAUCUGGAUGCAAUUCUUCAGCGAAAUUUUGAUCCUAUGUUAAGUAAUGGAGGUCCUUGCGGAAAAGGUAUCUAUCUAAGUAGCGCCAUCGUAUAUCCGGUGCAGACGAACAAAAUCACUUGGACCGACGAAGAAAAAACUCAGUGCAAGAUUAUCGCAGCCAGAGCAGUGUUCGGGAACUGCGUUGUAGGAACUGAAGAACUCCGGCAUGCUCCUCAUGGUGCGCACUCCACGUUUACGUUGGCGAUGGGUGGACAUGUUUUCUGCAUCUACGAUGCUGCACAGAUCUACCCAGAAUUGGUAGUACAUCUAAAGAGAAUUGCUGUCCUAGAGGACCCUGAUAUUACUGACUGGAGCAUGGCUGCAUCUGAAGCUAUAGCGAAAGCGGGAGCGAUAGAAAUGGUUGAACCAAUUCUGAGCAAUCCCCUCAUUGAAUUCUAUGAGUCACCUGGUCAUCCAUGCGAAUAUAAACUGCCAGGAGCCGAGAAGCGUAGAGGUAGAAUCGUUGGUAAAGACGAAGAUGGAAAGAUAGCCGUAUUUCCUGGACGUGUGGAUCGUGUUUCUGAUGAUGAUGACAACGAAGUACAGGCGAUUAGAGGAGAAGAAGUUGUUUUGGUUGAAAAAGAUCAAGUAUUUCCAGAUGACAGGAUUCCAAUUGCUCUCCCAUGGAAAGGACAGGGCAUCUGCUUCAGCGCUCCACAUCUCUCCGAACCCCUCGUGGAAAUUUUGGAAGAAAAUAUCGAAGGCCUUACAGCGAAUAAGAGAGGAAUGAAAACAACAUUUCUCUCUGUUUUUUCUACGUACAGACUGUAUGGCGUAGCGAUGUUUUUUUUUUAUUGGAGGAGCCGUUCGUCACGCACUUACGGAAGACUUCAAGGGAAUCAAUGA